AGCCAAGCUUCCUCCAAGCCUCCGAGGCUUUCCAUCAUAGGCAACUUGCACCAGCUAGGCAAACUGCCUCACCAAUCCCUAUGGAAACUCUUGCAGAAAUACGGUUCGGUCAUGCUAUUACAGCUUGGUAACAGCCCAACCCUAGUCAUCUUGUCGACAGACAUGGCCAAAGAAGUCCUGAAAACACACGACAUUGACUUUUGUAGCCGGCUGCCCUCUCCCAAUGCAAAGAGACAUACCUACAAUUUCUCAAACAUGGCUUACAGUGAUCACUGGCGAGAGAUGUGCAAAAUCUUUGUAACUAGGCUUCUCAAUCCAAGUAGAGUGCAAUCGUUUGGGCAAGCAAGUGAGGUUGAGAUUAAUAAUAUGAUAAACUCUCUACUACUAGCCUCACCUAAUCCUGUUGAUCUUGACGAGCAAAUCUAUAGUUUUACGGAUGGGUUUCUUGGCACAUCUGCCCUGUGUAAAAGCUAUAGAGGAAAGCAAUUUAAGGGUCAAAACUUGAAAGAUGUUGUUGAGGACGCCAUUAGAAUGCUAGAUGGUUUCUCGGCUGAGGACUUUUUCCCAUGGAUUGGGAACAUGGCACACAUUUUAACUGGGCAACGUGAUAGGCCAGAGAAGUGCUUUAGUAUGCUUGAUGGUUACUUUCGAAUGAUACUUGAAAAGUGA